UUUUUAUAGUAUUUAUAUAUUUUUCGAUGCUUAAGAAAAUUUAUUUUUGAGCACAUAAUUGAAAAGCAUUUAAUGCUCAAUAGCUGAUUUAAUAUCAGUGAGUUGAGAACUAUGGUUCUACCAAUAUAACUACGCAUGGCGACACCGCUGUUAGAAUUUUGAUUUUUAUUUUAUUUUUUAUUUCAAAUCGCGGCCUUCAAAUUCAUCGUUUAUGUCUAACUUUGAUCCUUUUCUAAAUAGAAUUACUAACUUACCUUGCGUUUAUUCUCGGUCUCAGUAUCCUAGGCCAUAAGCUUUAACCAACACCUAAUUAACGUCAACAAAUCAUAAUUCUCGUCGUGCAAGUCUGCCCUUUUUUUUCCGGGAUUUUUACAUUUGGUUUAAGAAACAAGUUGGCAGGUCUGCCUAUAAGUUUCAUUUCCAAUCUGAGUUUGCGGUUCGGUGUGCUUUUACUUGCAGUUUGAUGUUAGCUGAAAAUCGAGUAAGUUGUAUAAAAUAACUUAAGUGGCGACAAGGCAACCCAUUUGUCUCCUUGUACAUAGGCACCUCUAGUUUCGUAAACAGAAAUCGCUUGACUUUGACGCUUUUGCUGAUUACAUGGGCGUAACAGCGUGCUGCCAGAAGUAAUCUAUUUAUCAGUACUCCCCUACAAGCUCCAUGGCCAAUCUGCAGCGCCAGCCACCGGAGCGCCACUUUAACUUUGUGUGCCGCAAUUGCUCGAAAGCCGAUUUCUUGGGCCGCCGCUACAGCUGCUGGGUCUGUGCGAACUACCAUGUGUGUGGAGCCUGUUUUGAUGACAUCCGGCUGCCGGAGGCUCUCCAGCACCUGUACUACCAUCCACUGAAGGUGCACUACGACCGUGCUGAGUACGAGCUGUACUUUGCCGGGGAGCCGUAUUCGGGUGAGGACCAAGUGGUUCAGAGCUACAAAUGUGCCCUUUGUCAAGAGAACGGCCUUAGCACCACCGACCUCUACAGACACUUGCUGCAGACGCACCAGAACGAACCGGACCACAGUGCGUACAUCUCCAUGGUGUACACCCACUAUCUGGCGGGCAACACACGGGAACGCUUGCUUCAAUGCAGCCGCACAAUUGGUCCUCGAAGUGACAGCACGCGGAAGCAGCGCAGCCGGAAUUUUGAAGCAGGCGUCGUUAACCUGGCCCAACUUCGGGAGCAGCUGGAGGCGAUGGAUUCAAAUGCUACUGACUUUCCGCAGCGCUGCUACGAGAUCUUACAUCGAGCCUAUUAUCUCCGUGCACAGCAGAGCACCACCAGCAUGGAAGAAUUGGCGAUGGUCGAGAACUACUUAGGCGACAUUGAAAGUGGUGUGGCGAACAUUAUUGCCGAGCGCCAAUUGCGUCAAGGCCGUUCAUUCAGACCUACAACACUGUCCCGUCGCGGAGCCAUUUGGCCUGGCUCUAAUGCAGCUUCCGCUGUUGAGAUGCGUCUAGGUACGCCAUCACGCACGCCCCGAGCGGCGGCACUAUUGGUAGUACCACGUAGGCCAAUUGUUACUAGGGCUGACGGGGCAGAACCUUUCCAGCGCGUGGUGAACCGCAAUUGUACCGCUUCCAGGCCGUCGGUUUCUCCACCUUUUGACCAGGGAAAAACUCUUUCGGUGGACCUUGGGCGUACCGUGGUGGCAGUCAGAGAUCGGCCUACCUUGCCGGUGAAAGCGCAGGGCAUUCCGCUCACCAAAAAAGGGCUUUCUAGCGGCAACUUGGCUUUCAAAGAUAGUCGCUUCCUGUGCGCGAAGUUGGUGAGGGCUAAGUCAAGCAACGCCGAGGAGUGGAACAGCAAGCUGCUAAAAACUAGCUUUAUCGAGGCCAUAUUCUGUUCUAUGCUGGCGGACGAGGAGCUAAUCCAGUUGCCACGAAGUCUACUGUGGACCCAUCUAAAACCAAUGCUGCAUCAACCAUCAGACGAAAUGAAACGCUUGUACAAGGACUUCGACGAGUACAAGUCCUGGAUUUUGAAUCACACCAUCCAGAAUAGGGGCGGAACUUCUACUUUAACUGCUGUGCGAUCCGGCUGGAAUUCUAUUAGUACGGCUUAUUUCGUAGACCCGACCGAUAUUUUGAUUCUGAAGGUUGUUUCGGAAUCGGAUGGUGAGGAAAGUGGAAGAGGGGAAGAUGCGUAUGAUGUCCCAGACGAAACUGAUACUAAAAAUGGCAAAGGAGAUAAAAAGGAGUAAGAUCACGGCUUGAACUCUGAGCUUUCGGAAGCAUCGCACGACGAAUAGUAAAAUUCUGAGCCCAGAAUGACCCAUAAAUUAUCAUAAAUAAAUGUUUCUCAGUAUUUAUAAUAAACAGAGGACGAUUCCUCGUUGAAUCUCGAUUUUGUAUAGAGUA